GUCACUGUCGAGCCGCUCGCGCUCGUGCUCGCUGACACCGGAAGUGAGGUUCCUCCGCGUUCAUUGUGUUGUGGUAUUCAGUGUUUUCGUUUAUAAACUCGAUUUCGUUGAUAAUUCGAUGUUAUUUCUCCGAAUCUAAGAGCGCAGGUGUUUAGCUCGCACUUUUAUUCCCGCGGAGGAGAAACAUAAUCACGUGUCUCCCCUCAGCCGCGGCGCGAGACCAACACAGGAGACAAAUAGAGUUAUAUUAUCGAAUUAACGGACUAAUUAUUGUCGAAAUGAGUUUAGCCAACAGCAGAGAGCAGCGCAGCACCGCGGGAAACCGCAUGUCCAAACUACUGGACGCAGAAGAAGAAGACGAGUUUUACAAGACCACUUACGGAGGAUUCAACGACGAGUCUGGAGAUGACGAGUACAGAGGUGAUCACUCAGACACUGAAGACGAGGUGGACAGUGAUUUUGACAUCGAUGAAGGAGACGAACCCGACAGUGAUCAGGAGGACGAUGCUCCGCGCAGAAAGAGCCGAGUGGUCACUAAAGCAUACAAGGAGCCGCUGAAGGUCUCCAAGCCCAAAGUCAAGCGAGUUCCUGAAGAAUUAAAGACUGAACGGCCCAAAGUGGACAGACGCACCUUUCUAGAGCUGCAGGAGUUUGGAGAAAUGCGUAAGUCUGUGCGUAAGUCCACGAGUGAACACACACGACAGACGAACGAGCGUCUGCAGGAGCGUCAGCUGGAGGCACCUCGCAAGAGGAGAGGAGCUCUGAGCGAACGAGUGCUGACACAAGAAGAGCUGCUCGCAGAGGCCAAACUCACCGCAGAGAGCAACCUGAGAUCACUGGAAAACUAUGAGCGUUUAGAGGCUGAUAAGAAGAAGCAUGUUCAUAAGAAGAGACGGUUUGAAGGGCCGAGCAUCCGCUAUCACUCAGUGCUGAUGCCGCUCAUCCCAGACGCUCACAUGAAGGAGGAGAACGUGGAUGUGGAGGGGCUGGAUCAAGACACGCCCCAAGCCACACCCACUUCUUCAUCCUCCUCUCAGGGGGCGGGGUCUCUUUGCUCCCGCACAUACAUCACCUUCAGCGACGAUGAGGCGUUUAGCUCCGCCUUCCCACCGUCGGCUCGCUCUAGCCCCGCCCAGCCUGUUCAGGAGGUGUGUCCUGUUACCCAUAAACCCGCUCUGUAUCGUGACCCUGUGACGGACAUCCCCUACGCUAACGCUCGAGCCUUCCGCAUCAUCCGCGAGGCUUACCAGAAAUACAUCGCGGCGCACGGUUUCCCCAACGCUUCUGGAAGCUUCACCGGAAACACUGACGUCAGCGAUUCACCGGCAGCGACCGCCAAGAGCACGCGACCCAAAGCCGUCGUCAAACAGACCGUAGUCGCCACCUAGAUGCAUCUUAACGACUGCUUUACUGUGUUUAACUCCACACGACUCGGGAGUGACUGUGUUUGUGGAUAUUUUUUGAUAAAUUCAGUCAAAACUGUCAGAAUGAACACUUGUAAGAUUUAAUUUGUCAAUGUGACGUAGCGAUAAACAAUACUGCUUUUGGAUUUCUGUAUCUUAAUGUUAAUUUCAAUAUUUAGUUACGUUAAAUAAUACAUAGAUUAAUAAAUGCUGAAAAUGUCUCAUUCUUGGUUUAGGUCAAGUAAUGUCGACAAUUACAGACUGUUUUGUAAAGUGUUACCAUACAGGUGUCAACUGAAUCAGAUUCAGUGAUUCAAAGCUUUGUGACUCUGAGUCACUCUGAACGACUCAGAUCCGUUGAUUUAGGAUCACAUCACCAGCACUGGCUCUCAACUGUUCAUUUUCUGAGCUCUCCUUUUGUAUAAAAUUACAAUAAAAAUGCAAUAAAGAA